UCUCCCAACUACCGAACUGUUUCCCAGUGGAUUACCAACCAUAACCAUGUUGCAGCUGCAACUUUUCGUGGUCUCCUGCCUUUUGGUCCUGGCCACCUGCAAAGUGCAGAAGCAAACGCCUUCGAACAGUUGGCGGGACAUGCUUUUCGGCAGCAAGUGGCUAACUCCCGCUCCGCGUUGGCGAGAGUCCAAAUUUUUGCCCAUCUUCGCCUUGGUUCCCAUUGGUCCUGGCAGCUGUUCGGCGCCUUCGGGCGAACAGGGAAACUGCAUUCCCAGCAAGGAUUGCGUUCUGAGGAAUGGCAUUCCGGCGGGUCCUUGUGGCGGAGGAUACGGCGUCUGCUGCAUCUUUCUCCAGACCUGCGGCGGUGUCAUUCGCGAGAACUCCACCUACUUUGUGAAUCCCAAUCAUCCGGAUGUCUACGACGGCACCGGAAGUUGCCAGGUGACGGUGCAGAAACUCCAUCCGGAUAUUUGCCAGCUGCGGCUGGACCUGGACAUGUUUUCGAUAGCCCCUCCAGAGGCGGCCAAUCAUCUGUGUAACCAGGAUCAGUUGCUCAUUUCCGGCGGCAGUCCCACGCCCACAAUUUGUGGCAGCUCAACGGGAGAUCACAUGUACAUUGACGCGGGUCUUGGCCAAAGCAACCCGAUUGUUUUAUCGGUCAUAACGAGCGGAAGUUUUCCGCGCUUGUGGCGCAUCCGAGUGACUCAGAUCCACUGCGGCAGCAUCAGUCGAGCGGAUCAGGGAUGUCUGCAGUACUACACGGCGAUCAGUGGACGAGUUCGCAGCUUCAACUACAACUCGAUUGCUGGCAGGCAGUUGUCCAACCAGGACUACAGCAUCUGCAUUCGGAACGAGCGAAACUUCUGCGGAAUUCAGUAUAAUGCCUGUCCCGAUCUGGAGAACAAUAGAUCGAGGGCGUUCACCCUGUCGGGGAAUUCGAACAAUCCGGUGCCCACGAUGGUGGGUGGUGGGGGUUCCGUGCCACCCAAUCUCAAUGGAUGCGUCAGCGACUGGCUGCUUAUUGGUUGCAUUCGAUCCGCGGACAGGAUUCCUCCUCUUCCAGGAUGCGAGGAUCGCGUUUGUGGAGGCACUUUCAGCGCGGAGGCUGGAAUGCUGGCUAAAACUGUGCAAACUAGCGUUCGUCCAUUCCGACUGUACUUUCACACAGAUGGCGUAGAAGCUCCAAAUGACAUAGACAAUAGAGGUUUUUGUCUUGAUUAUGUACAGCAGCCAUGCACAAAUGGUUUUUAGCAGUAUUUAAAAUGAUUCCAUAAAAGCAGCGAAAGUUGCAAAAAGUUUUUGAAGUGCUACAAUUUGAAGCCGUAGACCCAAAAGUAUGCAAUACUCUUCAUCAUGUUCAAAGCGACUUUAAUCGUUGGAAUUCGGCGCGACUAAAGACGCAUUCAAAACGCAGACAUUUUUUUCGUAUAUAAUAAAUAUGUUUUAUUUAUUGAUUUUCGUAACUAAGUUAGACAUAACUUUAAGAUUUAAGUUAAUUUAGAAAGCACAUUUCGUGUCGAAUUUUGGUACAAAUUUAAUGACGUGGUUCGGGACAUUGAAAUUUCUUGUGAUCGAAAUUCUAACAUUAAAAUCGUUUCCAACUACUAAUACAGGUUUAUUGAAUUACGUUUAAUUAAUAAUACUUAGCUGAAGCAAAAACAAAAAUUAAAUAACAGAAAAACACGAUGAUGAACGCUUUUGUUUAAGGACAUUUUCGUUGAUGUUGUUGUUGGUACUCAUUUGCUGCAGUGGCAAAAUAAAAAAAUAAAAUAUAAAAAAAAAAACAAAACAAGUACUGAUGAUGCGCACGUUGUCGUAUAAAAGGGGUUUUCUGGGUUCGCUUGCUCGCCUGAGAUCGCCAAUUUCAGUCUGUGCGCGUAGUGCCCGACUUGUGACGUCACUGGGGGAUGGGAUUAUCUCGGUUGUGAUGCGGGUAUCUACGAUAGUUGUAUGCUAAUCCUAAUAGGUUUGUAUUAAGGCAGCCACGUGCUGUUUCUCCUCCUCGGUCAGACCGUUCUUUAAAGUCCGACGUAC